AUGCCACUUUUCAGCUGGAUGAAAUGGCCAAGAAAUGACUCCUACAAACCCACACAUUACCCUGGCUCAGACAUAGUAACAAAAACUCUGCUUCGGGAGUUAAAGUGGCAUCUCAAGGAGCGAGAGAGAUUAAUACAAGAGAUAGAAAAUGAACAGAAAGUGAAAAAAACUGGUGUGGAUUACAACUGGCUGCGAAGCUACCAGAAUCCCCAUGUAACUAUCCCAGCUACUGAACAAAGACAACUUGAAACCCUUUGCUCCCAAGUUCAACCUUGCCAAACCGGAACCAUUCUCAGCAGGUUUCGGGAAGUUUUAGCAGAAAAUGAUGUGCUGCCAUGGGAAAUUGUCUACAUCUUCAAGCAAGUUCUAAAAGACUUCCUGAGCAGUCCUGACAGAGAGCACCAGCACCAGGGCCCACAGGACCCCUGGGGUGCUCGCGGCCCUGCUCCCGCGGUGCUCACAGGUGAAAGCUCCAAGAGUCGGGACAAAGAGGAAAUACCCACGAUUUCAAGUUAUGUAGACAGAAACACAAAGAACAGGUUCCCAACGUGCUCAUACAGAAUAUGGAACCUGCCAUAUUAUCACCCAUCGAAUUAA